AUCUAUUCAAACCAUCAAGAUCGAAAGCCCCGUACCAAAAAUUAUUAAGUAUCCAAAACAAAAAAAAAAAAAAAUACUACUACUCUACCAUCUUCCAGCUCUGUUUUUCUUCAAGUUUCUAUUUCUUUAAUAGCCCUCUGACUCUGAAAGCAACCUUCAACCUUCUCUUUUAUUUCCCUCCUUGUCUUGUUAAGACAUCAUGGAUUCCUUCGAAUUUGAUAACGUCAAGGCCGAGAAAGAAGAUGCCUUAUGGCGAUACAACAUGGAGAGGAAGUUGAUGAUCGGUUUUCGGUUAAUCGGGUUUUUGUUGGUUUUAUUUUUGCUAUUAUGGCUUUGCUUCCCCACCAUCGUCGAGUCUGCUGGUCAUUUUCGCCGCCGUUUUGUUUCUGCUUUUAACAAACCUCUCUUCACUUUCAUCAUUGUAAACAUCAUCAUCCUUGCCGUUUAUGCUUUGUCUAACCAAAAAAGGACCCACAAACAAAGCACUAGAAACAACAUCUACGACGAAUACGUCAGCUCUUACCGGAGCAUACCAGCGACAUCUGCCGUUGUGACGGCCAACGUAUCCGACUUUCCAGUCACGGAGGUGUCGACGGUGGACAAACGAAUCGUGUUGGUAGAAAAUGCGGUUGCUGCUUCUCCAGUAAAGCAGCGAGCUACGAUAAUUGAUACAAUUACAGAAAGUAAAAUUUCGGUCUCAACAGUUAAACAACCUAAGACGAAGGUUUGUUCAACUGAAGUGAAGCAAAAACAUUACGAAAGAAGUCGAUCAAUGGUAUCAGAAUGUCGACAGAGAGAGUCCUUCCGGGAGUUUCGGAGAUCGGAGACAGCUGUGAGUAGCCGAGAAAUGGUGAUGUCAGGCAUAGAGCCGGCGAGGAAAUCAAUGGAGGAAAUGAGCAGUGAAGAGUUUCAGUUGAUAAUUGAUAGUUUCAUAGCUGAAAGGAGGAAGACUCUGAUGCAAGAAAAUAUUGGUCACUAUAGUAGGAGAAAAGAAUCCGUUGUAGGUAUGAAAUAGGGGAGUAGAUAAAAAAAAAAAGUUAAUGAGUUAAAAACAAAACUAUCUGGAUCAUCCAAUUAUUAGGUUAUUGGAUGGUAAAGUGGUUACUGUUUGAGAUGUACAUUGAUAUUAUUUCCCUGGUUUUGUGGGAGUAAAGAUUAAGAUAAAUGAGAUGAUGCACUUCUUGUCUUUA